AUCCAUCGGGUACACACGUAUCCUUGCCGGAUCCAUCGGCAUGAUUGAUCUGGAGAAUGCACGCGCGCAUGCUUUCCCUACAUAUGCAUGCGUGGCAGCGCCGGUGAGAUCACAUCACUUAGCUUGCUCGGACAGGCGCCCGGAGAUGAUGUCGACGAUGACGACGAUGGAAUCAGAAUGGCGCCUUGCUGCUCACAUCUUGCUGUUGUCUGCCGCCAUCGGCGGCAUCACGUACCUCCUCCACCGCGCCCUACGUAGUUUCCACCUACGACAAGAGAACAGGAGCCCGCCGCCGGGAGGCAUCGGCAGCUGGUGCCGCGGCUUCGUCGGGGCCGAGACGCUCUCCUUCCUGGCCGACAACAGCAGCGGCAGGGGCUUCUACCACUUCGUCCACACACGCGCGCUCCGCUACGGCGCCGGCUUCCGCACCAGUCUCUUCGGCCGCACCCACGUCUUCCUCCUCUCUGCAAAGGCACGCGCCGCCGCCGCAUGCCUCCUCGCCGCCGACCCGCCCCACUUCUCCAAGCGCUACGUCCGCACCAUCGCCGACCUCCUCGGAGAGCACAGCCUCCUCUGCACCUCCCACGACACCCACCGCCGCAUGCGCCGCGCCGUCGCGGGCCUCUUCGCCUCCGCGUCCACCGCUGCCUUCGCCGAAACCUUCGACCGUCUGACCACAAGCCAGCUGCUUGCCGCCCAUUUUCAGGACCGGGUCGUCGUGCUGGACGUCGCUCUGGACGUAACUUUCAGGGCCAUCUGCGAGAUGCUCAUCGGGCCGCAGGAUGACUCGCACAAGCUGGAGCGGCUGCAGAGCGACGUCAUGGACGUAACGCAGGCCAUGCUCGCGGUGCCGCUCAGGCUGCCUGGAACAAGGUUCUACAAAGGCCUACAGGCAAGGAAAAGGAUCAUGGAUGUCCUGAGGCAAGAAAUAUCCAUGAGGAGACAGAAUAGCCUGAAACUAGAUCGUCGCGACGACUUUCUGCAGACCCUUCUUCUCAAGAGCCAUACAGAUUCACCUGAAGAAGCGCUCACGGAUGAACAGAUUUUGGACAACAUUUUGACACUCAUAAUUGCAGGGCAAGUGACAACGGCAACGGCAAUCACCUGGAUGGUCAAGUAUCUAGGCGACAACACAGACCUCCAAGAGAAAUUAAGAUCAGUUCAGCUUGAUCUAGCAUCCAAGCACCAUGGUUCACCUCUUACCCUCCAGCAUCUGAAUACCAUGGACUACGCAUACAAGACGGUCAAAGAAUCACUAAGGAUGGCAACUAUAGUUUCUUGGUUUCCGAGAGUGGCGCUCAAAGACUGUCAGGUUGCAGGAUUCCACAUUAAGAAGGAUUGGAUCGUAAACGUCGACGCAAGGUCCAUACACUAUGAUCCGACCAUCUACCAUAAUCCAACAAUGUUUGACCCUUCCAGGUUCAAUGAUGAUAUGAAGCCAUACAGCUUCUUGGUAUUCGGAGCGGGCGGUAGAACAUGUCUGGGAAUGAACCUUGCCAAGAUUAUGAUGCUAAUAUUUCUUCAUCGCCUCGUGACCAAUUUCAGAUGGGAGAUGGCCGACCAUGACACAAGCCUGGAGAGAUGGGCAAUGUUUCCAAGGCUUAAGAACGGCUGCCCAAUUUGUCUCACACCAAUACACAAGAAGAUGUACUGAGAGCAUCCCCACUCGUUGGCGCUCCCCACGCCCAAAUCCGGCGAAAUUUUCGUCCGGAUUGGAGGAAGAUUUGGCGUGGGGAGGAGUAGUUUCCCAGUCGUGUGCUCCCCAAACGGCGUUUCUCGGGGGAAAAGAGGAUGACUCGGGGAAUCCGGACGAAAGAGGAGACACGUGGGCGUGGGCGGUUGGUUUAGCUUCAUCGGAGUCCCCGGGAGACCCCCGGGAAACCGAGGAUGGCAUGGGGAGUCCGGACGAAAAUAGGCUCAAAUCCGGACCAAAACGAGGAACCGGGGGCCUGACUGGGCCGUUUUUCGCCGUCCGGAUGAAAAAAGGUGGCCGUGGGGGGCUCGUGGAGAUGCUCUGAUGUACUACUAGUAAAUAUAUCAAGAUAUGCAUCACUUUAUGAA